AUGAGCCAGAGAGUGAGCGAUCUUGAGAACGCCUGCUGCGCUCUCCGCGAGGACAACUCCAAGCUUAAGGCAAAAGUUUUGGACCUGGAGAACCGAAGCAGACGUCAAAAUAUACGAAUUCUCGGGCUGACGGAAUCUACUGAAGGAGCUCGUCCUACAAACUUUUUCCCACUGUGGCUCCAAGAAGUGUUUGGGAAAGAUAUUCUCCCUUCCCCACCGGAGAUUGACAGGGCGCACCGCACGCUAAACGCUAAACCAGGCCCGGGAGAGCGACCGCGGCCGCUCAUUAUGAUUCGGAUCGUUGAAGACUACAGUGCUGAAGUUGUGUCUCAGCGAGCGCAAUACAGAGACGUAAUGGCGGAACUUUACAAGCAGGGAAUGAAGCCAGCUCUGCUCUUCCCAGCCCAACUCCGCAUCACUCUGCCGAGCGGAAACAAGAAGUGGAUGAGCAGUGUGGAAGAGGCGCAACAGUACAUUGACGACCAGACCCAUCGGAGAAUGAGACAAACAUAA